UGUUUGUCUCCUUUGUGAGCAACACAUGCAUGCACGUGCAUCCACCAUACUGCUGAUCGACUAAACAGGAACAUAUUAUAACCACCUUACUGAUGUUUUAUCGAGACAGUUGCGUAAUUUAUGCGUGACAAAAAAUUGAUCAGAUUUACAUUGUUGACUGGAGUGACUGGUGAGUAAGGGACCACUGAUGGGAAGCAGAGAGAAAGUCCGAUCAAUGUAAGACGAUUUUUCACCUGAGUCAAUUUUCUUGUGUUUAUACCUGCAUGUUUCCUGCUCCGCAUGGCUAUAUGCAUGACAACCCACAUAGAUUUAUCACAGUGUAUGUCUUGUCAUUAGAAGGAAUGGGUGUUUUAAUUCGGCUGUAAACAAAUGAAGCCUUAGAUACACAGAGAUGUCGAGGGGACGCUUGGACCAUUCCCGUUCAGUGAACAUUCCACCAUUACCAAAGACAAAAGAUCAAUUAAAGGAAAAAAACAGGAAACUACGCAAAGAACUGGACAGCCUACGUCGGCAAUAUCGAGAUAACGUUUACAGUGUAAUAGAGAACCUGAAGAGACGAUAUAAUGAAACCAAAACAGAUCUCACACCCAGCUACGAAAAACUCAAACAUCUGAUCAAAGAAGCCACGAGUGAUGAAGUUCUAGAACAAUGUAAACUGCCAGAACACAAGCAUUCCGUACAGAACAAGGGGGUGGAUCACUCUUUUAACCACAAUUCCAGUGCUAAUGUAGAGCUCCACAUUAAGGACGCCGUAGCCGCUCGGUACGAUCAACGUAAAGGAACGGGGGCAUUCCUCCAGUCCUGCCGAGAAUUUGCUGGUGUGGGAGAGAGUCACGUACAACAGCAGAGAAGGAGGGAGGUUUCGGUAAUGCACAAAGCCGAGAUCGCAGAUGAGAAUGAGGAACUGAAGCACCACAUACAGUGCUACGACAGCAAGUUUUUACGAGCACACAACAGACUGACUAAACUCCGCCAGGAAUACGUCGAGUCCAAACAAUACCUACCUCCCAAACGCUACCGUCUGCUGAAGGAAAUGAUUGAGACAGUCGUAGAAGACAGUAAACUUAGACCAGACUGAUUUAAUGGCGGAAGUAAUAGCGACUGUUUUCCGAUUUGUCAUUUAUAUUCCUACUGGUACUUACAAAAUGAUGGUGGAUAAACCUGCUUUUUUUACUUUCAGUAGACAUGUGUUGUUACAUUUUAAGUUUUAUUUUAUGAUAUUUGUUUGAGCUAAUGUAUUUAUUGGAUGAAAAACCUUAUAUAGAUCUGUUAAAUAUACAAUUCAAUUCAAUUCAUUUUAUUGACAACACCAUCAAGGUUUUCUUUCCUAAUAUCAAAGCACUUUUUCAAAAAGUUACAAACUCUCCUAGCAGUUCUAAUACUUGUAGGAUUGAUAAUGUCAAUAAUAGGGUUUUCCUUCAUGUAACAGUGUGCAUUAAAUAUAUUGUAUUAUUAUAUGAUUGAAUAAUUUCCAUCUCUCUGAUUGGCUGAGAUCCAACUACGUUAGAAAAAUACUAUGUUGUAUUGACCUGGACGUGACGUUUCAGGUGAAUACAAGGAUUUAUUUCCUCUACAUUGAUCUAAAAAUAGAUUGGGAAAUUCCAAAUUGAUACAAAUUGAAUUGAUAAGCUAUUUCAACGACUAUGACUUUUUUUUCAAUUGAACAAAAGAUAAGAGAAUAUAUAUUUUCGGGUGAGGGUGGUAAGAGGGGAUGCAGGGCCCCCCUCCAAUACUAUUAUUUUAACAAUAAUUUUUACUUUUUGGCAGUCAAUUUUCCCUAAUACUCCUUCGUUUCGAAAUCUAUCCUAUAAAAAAGACUUAUUAUUUUUUUUUUAUGGCAACUAAAAUUGAUAAAAUAACAUUUCAAAUUGAUACGACUGGUAAAGUUUAUUUACAUUUCAAUUCUGCUUCUGUCUUGUAUUUGGCAAGGACUUAAUUAAAUGCAAACAAAUAAUGAGCUGUAUCAUUUUAUCAGUGAAUCAUAUAAUAAAA